GGCAAAGCAAUGUUGUGUUUCUUAAUUCUUCGCACAGAAACUCUAUUUUCCCCUUUCUUUUUAAAUUAAAUUAUUCUUUUCCUUUCAGAAUUCACACUCUUAUCUUAUGAUUCUUCUUCCCUUUGCCCUAUAUUAGAUCCUUCUCUUCCAAUCAUUACAUUUCAUUUACCUUAAUCCUCUUUCCUCGCUUCACCAUUAUUUCCGAAUUUUCUGCAUCAAUCCAUUCGAGUUCAUCCUAGGGUGUCCGCCCUUGAGUUUUUGUGGAUUUGAGUGAGGGUGUAUGUGGAGGAAUAAGAGGUUUACUAGAGGGGGAACUGUGAUGCAUUUGCAUAGAUGAAGGCAGAAAAGGUUUGGCGUUUAGGCAUGGGUGAUGUGCACAUACUGCCUGGCUCUCGCCACCGUGCUCCCAUGAGGAAGCCGAUGUGGAUUAUUGUCUUGGUGUUAUUUGUAUGUGUUUUUCUAUUAUGUGCUUAUAUCUUCCCUCCUCAAAGCAGUUCGGCCUGUUACCUAUUCUCUUCAAGAGGGUGCAAGGGUUUUGUUGAUUGGCUUCCUCCGGCUCCCGCAAGAGAAUACACCGAUGAGGAGAUUGCAUCGCGUGUUGUGAUUAAGGAUAUUUUGAACACUCGGCCAAUUGUUUCAAAAAAAUCAAAAAUUGCUUUCAUGUUUUUGUCACCUGGCUCUCUGCCAUUUGAAAAAUUGUGGGACAAGUUUUUCCAGGGUCAUGAAGGGAGGUUCUCUGUUUAUGUGCAUGCAUCCAAGACAAAACCAGUUCAUGUGAGCCGUUAUUUUGUCAAUCGGGAUAUACGCAGUGACCCGGUGAUUUGGGGGAAAAUUUCUAUGGUUGAUGCAGAGAGACGGCUAUUGGCAAAUGCCCUUCAAGAUCCUGACAACCAGCAAUUUGUUCUACUGUCUGAUAGCUGUGUGCCUCUGUAUCAUUUUAACUAUAUUUACGACUAUCUGAUGUAUACAAAUAUCAGCUUUGUAGACUGCUUUAAGGAUCCCGGUCCUCACGGUAAUGGAAGGUAUUCAGAUCGCAUGCUACCUGAAGUUGAGGUGAAGGACUUUAGAAAGGGUGCUCAGUGGUUUUCUAUGAAGCGGCAGCAUGCAAUUAUAGUCAUGGCUGAUAGCCUGUAUUAUUCAAAAUUCCGGUCUUACUGCCAGAUUGCAUGGCGACUGGUGUGUAUACCCCUGCACAUACAGCCUGGUUUGGAGGGGCGGAAUUGCAUUGCUGAUGAACAUUACUUGCCGACCUUUCUACAGAUGGUUGAUCCUGGUGGAAUUGCAAACUGGUCAGUAACUCAUGUUGACUGGUCUGAGAGAAAAUGGCACCCAAAAUCAUAUAGGGCUCGGGAUGUUACUUUUGAGCUUUUGAAGAAUAUCACGUCCAUUGAUGUAAGCGUGCACGUAACCAGUGAUGAGAAGAGAGAGGUGCAAAGCUGGCCUUGUUUAUGGAAUGGCAUUCAGAAGCCAUGUUACCUAUUUGCUAGGAAAUUCACUCCUGAAACACUGCAAAAUUUGUUGCUUCUAUUUUCCAAUUACUCAGCAUCUUAGUGAGCUAUUUUGAUCGAUUCUUUGGUCGGAUUUCGGCCCCCUUGGUUUCUCAUAUGACAUGAGAGUUGUAAAUUGCAGCAUUGUUGAGGCUUGAUCGCCUGCCAGCCACAGAUAUUGAGUGAAGGUGAAGGAAGUGGCCUAACAUGGACACAAGAGGAGGCUAACCAUUUAGGGUUAACUUCCUUGGGGAUGGAUGGAUGACUUAUUUUUUUUCCUUCCAUUUUACAUGAUCAUAGAUUUUGGGGGAAUCAUAUCAACUCAUUAUGGUUGUUCAUCUUUGUAAAACUUACAUCAAUUGAGUCCAAGUGUCCAUUCAGAAAUUCCAUUGGUCCAUUCUUAUGCGUUCCUCAGCAUUGAGCCAUUUAUAGAUUGUGAAUUGAAAUUUACCUUGAGCAAGUGUAAUUUUAAAUAAUCUUGCACUCA